UCACUCUCUAGUUCCACUUCCAUGAGUAAGGAGGUAAAUCCUUUUCAAUCAUUUAUCUUCCUAUUAGUCAUAGUCAUCAACCCAGUAUCCCACACAAUUUAUCUUUUUGUUCCUUAUCCUAAAAACCCGAAAAAGAAAAACAGUCCUGUUUGGUAGCCAUCAUGUUCUGAACAAUAAUAUCUUUAAAGAUGUUGUUCUUCAACUACCUUAACAUAACUGGUACACCAACUGCUAGGCACCAAUGUAUACUGCAAUGAUUUAACAGACGACUCAAGAGCAUCGGUAUGAAAACGAAGGUUAAUUGAUUCCCUUACAAAAGCAGAACAAACAAACAAACAAAAAGAAACACAGUCGAAAAGAUGAUUUGGUUUAGUUCAAGGACGCAUACUACUUUGGUUGUUGUUCUUUAUCUUCUUUCAAUCGUACACAAAUUCGAAACAAAAAACGAGACUGAGAGUCGCAAAUCAGACACGCAGUCUUCAGAUGGUAACGAGAGUCUGAAUGAGGCAUACAUAGCGUUACAAGCGUGGAAAAGAGUGAUCUACUCAGACCCCACAAACUUCACAUCGAAUUGGGUUGGAUCCUCUGUGUGCAGCUACAGAGGAGUAUUCUGUGCACCUUCAAUCCAUGACAAUUCCACUACUGUUGUAGCUUCCAUUGACCUGAAUCACCUAGACUUAGCCGGUUUCCUUCCUGAGGAAAUCGGAUUACUGAAAGACCUUGCUGUUGUUCAUUUAAACAGCAAUCGAUUCUGUGGGAUCAUCCCGAAAACUAUUUCAAACCUCACCUUUUUGUAUGAACUUGAUCUAAGCAAUAAUCGUUUCGUGGGUCCCUUUCCUGAUGCAGUCCUUUCAUUGCCUUCACUCAAAUUCCUUGAUCUUCGAUAUAACGAGUUUGAAGGCUCCGUUCCAUCUCAACUUUUCAACAAUAAGUCCCUUGAUGCUAUUUUCCUUAACAAUAACAGGUUCACUAGUGUCAUCCCUUCUAAUUUGGGUAUGUCUACAGCAUCUGUUAUUGUCUUUGCUAAUAACAAAUUUGGUGGGUGUUUACCUCCUACUAUUGCCCAUUUCCAAAACUCGAUCGAAGAACUUUUACUCAUCAACACAAGUUUAACUGGCUGUUUACCAGUUGAACUUGGAUACCUCUAUAAACUUAGAGUAUUAGAUGUUAGUUUCAAUCAUUUGGUGGGUCCCAUUCCUUACAGUAUUGCAGGUUUACCACACUUAGAACACCUUAAUUUUGCUCAUAAUAUGAUGACUGGUGAAAUCUCUGAUGGGAUUUGUGUGUUGCCUAAUUUGGCUAAUUUUACAGUUUCUUAUAACUUUUUUUGUCAAGAAGGUGGGAUUUGUGGGAAUUUUUCAUCUAAAGGUGUUUUAUUCGACGAUCGUCGGAAUUGCUUGCCUGAGAAGAAGUUUCAGAGGAGUAAGAAGGCUUGUGAUGCUGUGUUGGAGCAUCCUGUUGAGUGUGAGGACUUCCAUUGUUAACACUCUUAUAUUUGUUCUUGUUUGUUCAUGUUUGUUAUUAUAUUCUUGUUUAUUUAGUGAAAAAAAGAGGCAUCACCAUUCACUAGGGAUGAAUAAUUGAAAUUUGUUUGAGUUAUUCUUGUAAGAGACUGUCUUUUGGAGAAACGAGUUUAAAAUAAGAAACCCAUAUGCUAAUAGUUUGUAAUUAGCUGGGCUUAUUUUACCCAUGUCACCGAGAAGUCGUCUCAUACAAGAAUUUGUGAGUUUCUUUUAUCUUUUUUUCACUUUUUAGAUGUUUUGUGAGAUCAUGUAAAUAAAGUAGAUACUCGUCGAAGCUUUUCCUUUUAUAUAAGAUUGUUCUUUUCAGAGAAAUAAGUCCCGAUUCUAAUGUAAAGUCGGAGAAUUUCUUACAUGUAAGUUUUUCUUUAACUACAAGGUUAAGCUAUGAUACUCGUAAGUCUUUACUCAAUUCACCUUGGUUUUGCUAAACUGAACAUAUUUUUUGACUUAAACAAGUGUACUCCUUAUUGAGUGAAAAGCUACUAUUGUAAGAGACUAUCUCUCGAUGAGACAACCUCAAACAAAGCGUCUAUAUUUUCAUAAUAUGUACA